GUGCACGUUCGUCAGUGUAGAGAAAUCUCAUAGCGCGUUAGUGCCUGAUUGCUGCCAGGGUUCCGUAAUUUUCGAAAAUGUGUGUUGGCCGCAACGUAGACGUCAAUUUUGAAGAAGUACAGUUGCAAGCUAGCUUGAGGAUGAAAAACACCUGUGAGAAUAUGUGGAAAGAAGAUGCCCUAGCAGUUUCUACAAAGUACACACGCACCGUGCUUUUUGGGCUUGCAGACCUGCUCCAGACAUUCCAAAAUUCGACACUCUACAAAAUUCUGUUCCACACAACCCAGCCUGCCCAUUUCAUCACUGCCGUUUCUGUUUUGAUUGUGGCUGGUCUUCUGGUACAAUCUGACGAUUCCCAAAAUGUUUCUGGACUGUGGACCUUAAUAUAUUUAGGGUCCUUCAGUAUGCAUCUUGGAGCCCAAAUAUGGAUGACUUUCAUAUCUGGUCUGUCUCUCUACUUCUCGAUUCCUAGGCAUACAUUUGGAUGUGUGCAGAAAGUGCUGUUCCCAAAGUAUUUUCUCUUAAAUGCUGUUCUCAGUUUUAUCACUUUGUGUGUCUUCCUUAGAACACACAACAAUAAAUUUGGGAAUAUUCAAAUUACAUCUCAGGUUAUCUCUAUGACACUCUGCUUUCUAAUUGAGUUGCUGACCCGCUUAUACCUCACUUCACCUCUUCUGAAGCUCAUAUCUGGUAAGAACGAAUUGGAAAAAGAUGCAGGAGUAGGCAUGGAAGUGGGAAAAUUCAACCCAGGCAGGCUUCUGGAGAAUGAGGAAUACAUGAAACUCCAUAAGUCCUUCAGAAAACUCCAUAUGACCAUAGCAAUUGGCAAUGUUAUCAGUAUGGGUUGCACCAUAUGGCAUCUUCAUUACUUGUCUCAAAAGCUUAGUAUUAUUUGAGUUUGAUUUGUAAGGAUAAUUUUUUUCUCAGCCAUUUAUUUAUAUCAUCUUGAACACUCAUCCCCCGCAUUAUUUAUUUAUUAUCAAAUUCACGCAUCUUUGAAAUGCCCAUUUUCAUAUGCAACUCUUCUCGAUUUUCUAUAAAUGAAUAAGCCUUUGAGUGAUACGCUAAAUAUAUAAUUGUUGGUACUUUUGAAAUAGUCUUCUAUCUUCUGUUGAUUUAUUAAAAUGCUCUUUUCCUGGGAUAAUAGUACAAAUAUGUGUAAAUUAUUACUUGACAAACCUAAGUACUGGAAGCCAAAAAUCUAUUUUGAUUAGAGGUCUGAAAUUAUCGAUAUCCUAAUCAUAAAUUAUUUAUAGUAAAUGAAAUGUAGGUGACAAUAGUUAAUACUAAAUAAUUUAUUAAUGAUAAAUCUGUUUUGUUUUCCAGAAUCACUGAAAUGAGAAAUUUGUGGCAAAUGUUAAUUAUGAGAAAUGUAUGAUUUUUGAGGAAAUUUUAAUGAUGAAAUUAAGAAUGAAUGAUAUUUGAGUUUCUCAUUUCUUGGUUUAUUGGAUUUUCUCGACUGAAACAUGAGGCUAACAUAAUUGUGUUUUUAAAAAUGGAAAAAUAUUCUGCCAGAAUUAAAAAUGUGAUAUUUUCAGUUAUUUUGUAAACAUAAUGUGUGUGUUGUUUUAUUGUUAUGGUCUACUUUUAGUUUGAAUGAUACUGGCUAGGUGAAAUUGAGUGAAAUAAAUUGAAAUAAUAUUCUCUUAA